GUCGCCAGCUGGCCGAGCAACCACUUUGCGCGAAAGAGCGGCUGAUUGUCACGUUUGUUAUUCAUAAUUUUUAUGAUUGUCGUGAUGUAGCUCUUUUUCAUCAAAUAUGUCAGUGUCGGUUUCAAUCAUCCUGCUGACUGUCCUCGCCGGUGGAUUGAGCCAACAGGAAUACUGUUCUGCACGCGAUGCAGAAUCCUGCGAAGAGAGCGGAAUUAACGUCGGAAAAUCGUCGAUGUACACGAAAGCAACAAAUGAAAAGUAUGAAAAGUAUCUGACAAUGAUUCGAGAUGCAGAGCAAAACUACAAAGAAUGCAAUAAUACAAAACACGAGUGUUUCAAGGAUGUUAUUUUGCGGGAUUUGAGGCCGUUUAAAAAGAAAGGCAUAAGUGAGGAAAUGAUAAAUGCUGCUAAAACUAGGGGUACAUUUUACCAAAUAAUCAAAGGUACAUUGUACAGAGAAAAAGACUGUAUGUUUCCAGCGAGAUGCGCUGGGAUUGAACAUUUUCUAUUAAAAGUAAUCGGUAAUUUAUCAGAUAUGGAUUUAGUCAUAAACACCAGAGAUUACCCUCAGUCCAGUGAAUAUUUUGGAAACCUCCUGCCUAUAUUCUCUUUCAGUAAGACACCACAGUAUUAUGAUAUUAUGUAUCCAGCAUGGGCAUUUUGGGAAGGUGGUCCAGCUAUCUCAUUGUAUCCCCGUGGUCUUGGCAGAUGGGAUCAGCAUCGAAAAUCCUUAAAUAAGGCAAGCUUGGAAACUCCAUGGGAGAAGAAGGAGAGUAAAGGCUUCUUUCGUGGGUCUCGAACAAGUUCGGAACGUGACAAUUUGAUCUUGUUGAGUCGAAAUAAAUCCCACCUGGUGGAUGCUCAAUAUACGAAAAAUCAAGCAUGGAAGUCUAACGAGGAUACUCUGCACCAAGAGCCAGCAUCGGUGGUAUCCUUGGAGUCGCAUUGCGGGUACAAAUACUUGUUUAAUUUCCGAGGUGUGGCUGCCUCGUUUCGGCACAAGCACCUGUUCUUGUGCCGAUCGUUGGUCUUUCACGUCGGCGACGACUGGACUGAAUUCUACUAUGAUGCCAUGAAACCGUGGAUACACUAUGUGCCACUUUCCAAAUACGCAGAUCAAAAAGAAUUAGAGGAUUUAAUCACAUUUGUAAUAAACAAUGAUGAUUUAGCCAAAAAGAUUGCGGAUCGCGGGAGGGACUUUAUAUGGAACAAUUUGCGAAUGUCGGACGUUACAUACUUCUGGAGACGGCUCCUCAAAAGUUACGGUAAACUCUUAAAAUAUAAACCGGCAUUAAAGAGCCAUCUCAUAAAAAUCGGUAAAGGACGGUAAAUAUAUACACAUAUAUAUGUAUAUAUUUAUAUACACUGUAAAUAUAAAUAUAUCUAAAU